UUAGGUGUAUACACAAUUUAUGUUCCCAACGCAUAUGUCGGCCGAUUCAAUUACCCUUUUAUCCUUGUUCCCUUUUGAAACUGAACAACCGGUUACCUGUUUGAGAUGUUACAGACAUAUAUUGAUUUAAUUUUUCCUUUUCGAAACUUUCUCAUUAGCUUAAGAAAUUGCGAAUCUCAAAAUUCUUUCGAAUCCCCCGUCUCAUAUUCAGCUUUCAUCCACAUUUACGAGAACCAAUUCCAAACUCAAAUCUUUCAAUUACAUAUAUUCAUCUCUUUAUUCUCAAGGAUCAGCCAAUUCACUCUAUAUGUAUCUCUGGUUCAUCCAUUUUUUCUCCAGAAGAAUAAAAAUCAAUUUUUUUUUUAGCUUUUAUGAUUCCAUACUCUUAUCUCUCUCCCUCCAUCUCCGCCGAUUCCAUCUCUUAACUUUCCCCUUUCCCUGUAAAAGAAAGAGCCUUUCUGCUCCUCCUUCAAUUCCACCAUAAAACCAUGGAAGCAAGCUCCAUCCUUUAACUUCGUAAUGUCAAAAUCUCAUCUUUUUUUCCUCUGUUUCCUCCUCUCCUCACUAAACUUCGCAGCUUCUCCAACCAGCGUCGACGCGGAACUAUGCAAGCCCUCAAAUCGAGCCUAAACCUCAGUAAAGACGUAGACUGGUCCAAACCCAAACCUUGUAAAUGGCCAACCGUUCAAUGCGAGACAAGCAACAGAGUCACGAGAAUCCAACUCAAAACCAAAGGAAUCUGAGGAACCCUCCCUCCGAAACUCCAAACCCUCACGGAGCUAAUUGUCCUGGAGCUUUUCCAGAACCGAAUCUCCGGUCCGAACCCCGAUCUCUCCGGUUUAACCCGGUUACAGACCCUGAACCUCCACGACAACCUCUUCGACUUUGUCCACAAGAAGCUUACCUCGAGAACAACCCUUUCUCUCCCUGGGAGAUGACCAUGGACAAGCAGAAGACCGGGCCAGGCCUGAAGUAAUGGGGGAAAAAGGCAAAAAGGCAACGUUCAUUUCAGGAACAGAGGCUGCAAAGAAGUGUUUGAUUGUUUUCAAUUUUCAAUAGUUUUAGGAGUUUUCUAUUGUUUUUACCACCAUCGUCACCACCAUUGUCGUCCGACACCACGACCACAACAGUUCGACCUCUCUGCCUCUCUCUCAAUCUGUUUUGAACUCAUUUUGUCGUGAGCAGAGUUGGUGGUCGUGAGCAGAGGAUCAGUUCCUUGCCUCUCCUUGGGGUUGAUCAAUUCUAGAUAUAACCAGAUACUUAUAACUCUGGUUGCUACUUUUUGUUUUCUUAACCUGUUGUUUUUUUUAUCGAUUUCUGCAUCUAUGUAAACGGAUCACAACUUUAUCAAUAUACAUGCUAACUUUAAUUUUAA